UAGUCUUUUAUAAACAGGAGGGCUUAAGUAUCUACGGUCCUGGUUGUACUGCGCCAGCUCGCUACAUAGAGUUGUAUCCGUACUUGAGUUGGAUCGAGCUCGUCACCUCCAAUGGGGGUAGUAGUGAGUUGUUCGCGACGCCACACCCCCAGACGAUGGAUCCACUAGAUAUGCUGACGCGACGCCGAACCAUGUUCGACUACGUCCCCGUGCACAAACUGUUCAUGUCGGACACUCGACGACAAGAAAGUAGUGAAGAGUUGAUAGAAAUUCUCGGCCAUUCCUAUUAUCAUUACUUUUUGAAAGGCAAAAUGUCUCACUACGCUAUCAGUCCUAUCGAGAGAGACAACCAUACUCUUGCAAUAUACCGCUUCGACGAGAUGCACGAACAAUAUGAGAACGCCUGCAAAGAUAGGCGAGUCCUGAUGUACCGAGAGCAUUUCGCCCUCCGCAUGCCGAAUGAUAAAGGAGAGGUAACUUAUAAACUGUCACUGUACGACCUUUACAACAUGGCCUGCAUAUGUGUUACGUUAACUGUGAAUGCCAAACAGCGCGGAAAAGCGUAUCUUGAAUUUAGAGAAGAGAUGGACUUUUCGGGAGGAACUGAAGACCUUAUGGAUUUUGACGCUGAUAUGAUGUAUAAGAACGAACCACUUAAAACACGAACGGACCCACCGCCUCUACAAAAGGGUGAAAAAGAAACACCCAAACACAUGCGGCCAACCUGGAUUCAAAAGCUCAGACCCAAGAUGGUGUCCAUGCGAGUCCAAAAGGGGAGAGUAUUGACCAAUGUUUUGUAUAUAAAGUUUCAUUUUGAUGCCGCAGCCACAUUGGACUUCAGACUGUUUGCUAUGCCGGGAAGACCGAAUGAACCAACAACACUCAGACCUGAGGACCCUGAACCGGAGACCACAACUGAGUGGACGACCGAAUCAUCAACGUUGACGGGCGAUUGGUCGACGACGAGCGAAACGCCGUCGACGCCGACAAACAGCUCGGGAAGACGUGUAAGUGAAGAUUUCUGGGGCAUGCAUCCUAACAGGCUGUUUAAAGAGGAGUUGGCAGAUAUAACAGCUGAUGUCCUGGACACCGUCGCCGUGGGUAGCCGCAGCUCACUAGCUAAAGCUGUUUUAGCUCUACAAUGCUUCCUCAGCGUCGUAUUUUUGAGAGCAGAUUUAUUUAUAAACUAGAUGUUAACUGCCAUAGUUCACUGUGUAUAAGUAGCAGCCAACUACAUAGUUGUAGCAGCCGCAGGGAGGGAAAAAUGGGAUUCAACGUUUUGUUAAAGUCCUAGGUUUUAAAACUUGAAAUACAAUAUGUAUCUCUUUAUAUGGUGUGGAAUUAUCAUUAGAAAUAAUAAUAAUAAUAAAUUAUUUAUUGAACACCAAUGGACUUGUACAUUACUUUGUGUAAAACUAAGGUACAUAAGUGGUAGUACAAAUUAGUCGUUAGACCCUGAUGUCCAAACAAGGCAGAACUGUAUGUUGGAAGUCAGUGUUCGACCGUAUUUUUAACUUAAGAAAACAAAAGCUUACGUAAGGCUAGUAGAUCAAAAGUAAAACUGCUAGGAGCAAAAAAAGUAUAUAACUAUGUAGAUUUACAAUACAUAUUUACAAUAAAUAUCAAAAACUAUCCUAGUAAAACAAACAACUAAAA